AUGUACUCCAAAUUCUGGCCCAAAGGCGGACUGCCAGGCAUUCUCCAUCAUUACACAGAAACACUCGUCACAUUCGAAUACACCUCUAGCGCUGUGCAACAACCUCAUAGUAUUCUCUUCGUCGGAGGUCUAGGUGACGGUCUUGCUACAACAUCAUACACUUCCGAUCUCGUUCGCGCGUUACAACCAACACAAUGGUCGCUAUUCACACUAAACCUCACGUCAUCCUACCAAUCCUGGGGUCUCGGGCAUCUCGAUAGAGAUACUGAUGAGAUAGCUCAAUGUUUGCAAUAUAUCAAUGAAUACAAAACCCACAAAUUCGGGCACGAUAGUGGCAAAAUCGUCCUCAUGGGACACUCCACGGGAAGCCAAUGCGUGAUGCAUUAUCUUUACCGCCCGAACCCACACACAACAACACCAGUUUUCGAUUCUGGCCUUGAGCAUGUCAAGCGCCAAAUCCUCGACGGCGCCAUCAUGCAAGCACCAGUAUCCGACCGCGAGGCAAUUCUCUGGGUCCUCACGGAAGGCAUCGGAGGCAAAACGCCUAGGGAAAUACGAGAAAUGUACGGAGAACUAGAGAAGAUAGCGAAAGAAGCGGAUCGGCGGAAUAAAGAAACGCAGACUCCGUUUGAUACAAUGCUACCUCUAUCAUUGACGUCUCAAAUUUACCCGGCAAAUACCCCGCUUAGUGCGCGAAGGUUUCUGAGUCUUGUCAGUCCCGAGAGUCCGCAAUCGCCGCGAGAAGACGAUUUAUUCAGUUCGGAUAUUGGCGAAGAACAGCUUGCAAAGACUUUUGGAAUGAUCAAGCAUCAGGGUCUAUUGAAAGACAAGCUGUUGGUGCUAUAUUCUGGAGCAGAUCAAUCGGUUCCGGAUUGGGUUGAUAAGGAGAAGUUGUUGUCGAAGUGGAGGGAUGCCGCUGAUCAUAACGGAAGGUUUCAAGUUUGGGACCGGGAACAUAGUGGAAUUAUUCCGGGUGCUUCUCAUGCGUUGAGUAACGAUGAUCAAGCUGAGCCACGGAAAGAUCUGGUCCGGAGGGUGAUGGGAUAUUUGCAAAGACUAGAGAAGUCAUAA